UGAUGGGUUCUUGGAAAGCCUUUCUCUUUUCCCCUUUUCUUCUGUGGAGUCAAAGUAGAGGGCUGAGGUUGAUGUUCUUAUUACUGACCCUGCAUUUGGGAAACUGUGUUGAUAAGGCAGACGAUGAGGAUGAUGAAGAUUUAACAGUGAAUAAAACAUGGGUCUUGGCACCAAAAAUCCAUGAAGGAGAUAUCACCCAAAUUCUCAACUCACUGCUGCAGGGUUAUGACAACAAACUUCGACCAGACAUUGGAGUGAGGCCCACAGUCAUAGAAACUGAUGUUUAUGUCAACAGCAUUGGACCAGUGGAUCCCAUAAAUAUGGAAUACACAAUAGAUAUAAUUUUUGCCCAAACCUGGUUUGACAGUCGUUUAAAAUUCAAUAGCACCAUGAAAGUGCUUAUGCUUAACAGUAACAUGGUUGGAAAAAUUUGGAUUCCUGAUACAUUCUUCAGAAACUCAAGAAAAUCCGACGCACACUGGAUCACAACUCCAAACCGCCUGCUGCGAAUUUGGAAUGAUGGCCGAGUUCUCUAUACACUGAGACUGACAAUAAAUGCUGAAUGUUACCUCCAACUUCACAAUUUUCCUAUGGAUGAACACUCCUGUCCACUGGAAUUUUCUAGCUAUGGAUAUCCUAAAAAUGAAAUUCAGUAUAAGUGGAAAAAGCCAUCUGUAGAAGUAGCUGAUCCAAAAUACUGGAGGUUAUAUCAGUUUGCAUUUGUAGGGCUACGGAACUCCACCGAAAUCUCGCACACAAUCUCUGGGGAUUAUAUUAUCAUGACAAUUUUCUUUGACCUGAGCAGACGAAUGGGAUAUUUUACUAUUCAGACCUACAUUCCAUGCAUCCUUACAGUUGUUCUUUCCUGGGUGUCUUUUUGGAUCAAUAAAGAUGCUGUGCCUGCAAGGACAUCACUAGGUAUCACUACAGUGUUGACCAUGACAACCCUGAGUACGAUUGCUAGAAAGUCACUACCUAAGGUUUCCUAUGUGACCGCCAUGGAUCUCUUUGUGUCUGUGUGCUUCAUUUUCGUCUUUGCAGCCUUGAUGGAAUAUGGAACCUUACAUUAUUUUACCAGCAACCAAAAAGGGAAAACUACUAGAGACAGAAAGCUAAAAAACAAGGCUUCGGUAUCCCCUGGUCUCCAUGCUGGAUCCACUCUGAUUCCAAUGAACAGCAUUUCUCUGCCUCAAGGGGAAGAUGAUUAUGGGUACCAAUGUCUGGAGGGCAAAGAUUGUGCCAGCUUCUUCUGCUGCUUUGAAGACUGCAAAACAGGAUCUUGGAGGGAAGGAAGGAUUCACAUUCGCAUUGCCAAAAUUGACUCCUAUUCGCGAAUAUUUUUCCCAACAGCUUUUGCCCUAUUUAAUCUGGUUUACUGGGUUGGCUAUCUUUACUUAUAAAUUC